CCAAAGGCCACAUCUUUCUCCCUCCCCCAUUCCCAUUUUAAGCAGAGCCGAGGCCCAGAUGCAGUGCAAACAUCCAUCCAUCUUCUUCUUCCCCCCUCACAAACAUCUUAUCCCUCCAUCCAGGUCGGGACCGAUCGAGGCCAUAGAAUUCCAGUCCGUUCCUCGUCCGUUUCCUCCUCCGGGGCCAGGCUUCACCGCACCUAGCUAGCUUUCUUUCUUGUCGUUCGCCGCCGUGUGCCGUGCCGUGCCGUCCAUGGCUAGGAAGUGCUCUAGCUGUGGGAACAAUGGCCACAACUCGAGGACCUGCAGCGGGCACGGCAGGACGACGGUCUUCGUAGGCCACGGCGGCAUCGGCGGCGGCGGCGUGAGGCUGUUCGGGGUGCAGCUGCACGUGGCCGGGUCCUCGCCCAUGGCCAUGAAGAAGUGCUUCAGCAUGGAGUGCCUGUCGUCGUCGACGUUGUCGUCCGCCGUGACGCCGACGUACUACGCUGCCGCUCUCGCCGCCACCACCAACAGCAACUCGCCGUCGGCGUCGUCCUCGUCGUCGCUCGUGUCGGUGGAGGAGGCUCCUGAGAAGAUGACCAACGGGUACCUCUCCGACGGGCUCAUGGGCAGGGCGCAGGAGCGGAAGAAGGGCGUUCCAUGGACGGAGGACGAGCACCGGCGAUUCCUGGCGGGCCUGGAGAAGCUCGGGAAGGGCGACUGGCGAGGCAUCUCCCGUCACUUCGUGACGACGCGGACACCGACGCAGGUGGCCAGCCACGCCCAGAAGUACUUCCUCCGGCAGAGCAGCCUGACGCACAAGAAGCGCAGGUCCAGCCUCUUCGACGUGGUGGAGAACGCUGACAGGGCGGCGACGAGCUCCAUUAAGGACAGGGAGCAGGAGCAGCGCCUGAGGCUCAAGGAUGCUGCGAUCGCGACGACCGCCUCUGCAGCAGCACCCGGAACGACGACGCCGACAGAGCUCCCGGCGCUGUCGCUCGGCAUCAUCAGCCGGCCAGCAAGGAGGCCUGAGCACGUCGUCCUGCCUCCGACCAGCCUGUCGCUGCAGCUGCCGCGGUGCUCGGCGGCAAUGGGCAGCCUGGCCCUGGCCGCGCCGAAACACACACACCCUUCGUCGACCCUGACGCCGGCGGCAACGGCUAGUAGUAGCCAGGCGCUGCCGGACCUGGAGCUGAAGAUCUCGAUCGCCCGGCCGCAGAGCGACGUCCACCAGGUCCAGACUGGGUCGUCGCCGCCGCCGCCGAGGACGCCCUUUCUGGGCACCAUCAGGGUCACAUAACCGAAAAGACGUCGCCGACGACGACGCGGGAAUAUCCUGCUGGUAGAUGAAGAGCAGCUUUUGCUCAUCUGAAGAAGGGUUGGUUCAACGACGGGACGAGGUUUGGGAAAACUGAAAAGGAGGAGCUUUUGGCAGUGGUGUAUGAGCGUGUGUGUUGGUGGCAGCCGUGACGACGACGACGAUGGCGUCGUUUAUCAUGUGGGUGUAGUGUAAUAUCAUCAUCAGAAAGAUGGAAACUUUACUGGCCUAAUUUAGUCUAUGUUGAUUUGUUUGUUUUUCUUGCAAAUAAAGAACGGCUGCCAUUGCCAUGCACUA